AUGCCUGAUGGAGCUGGCAGCAGUGUUGGUCAACCAACAUUACCCGAAGCAGGGCAACAACAUUUUGGUUUUCCUCCAUACCCACACCAUGGAAAACAACAAUAUCUUACACAAAUAGCAACAAAUAAAGAAGAUCAUGAACAACAUUUUGGCCAUACACAACCUCAUUUUAAAUUAUUUGGAAAGGAUAUUUAUGUCGGAGAUCAAGGUGUUUAUCUUGAAUAUUAA